GAAGCUUAUUUUAAAACAUUUAAAAACCUGACCGACCUCAAACUUUUGACCAAUAGUGUAUAAAAUUUGUUUAGAUUUUUUUUAUAUUACCUUAAAAGGUGCUCCAUUUCAAAAAGAAUCUUUGUUUUUUUUUACAUUCAUACCAAAAAUCAUAAACACAAUAGUGCAAAAUUGAUUUAUAAAUACAGGACAAUCUUGUCCAGCGUAUUUACAACUAGAAUCAUCAUUAUGCAAAAUCAAAAUACUUUUUAAACAUACCAGUGCUGCCCCAAAAUACGAAUUAUAUUUAAUUGAAAUCUUUUUUACUUUGUAGCUAUAUUCGUCAAGCCAUUACCUAUUAUUAAAAAGAAACAUUUCAUCAUUUAAAAUAUAAUAAUAUGCUCAAUCACGUCUGUUCUUUUAUAUAUUUUAAUAACUACAGGUCUGAAUAAGUAUGCUUUCCAUAUUUCCAUAUUCCAUAUUUUGACGCUUUGUUCUCACAAAUAUUGAUAAAUAUUUAUAAAUAUUAUUUUAUAAAUAUUUAAAACAUUAAAGUAAUUUGCUUGCAUUUAUAUGCUUUCUAUGAACAUAAAAUCGCUUAAGUGAAUUUAAUUUGAUGACACUCAAAUGUCUUUGACUCAUAAAUAAUAAAAACUAGGUUCAUAUAAAGGCAUCUUUAUGCAUACUUUUUUUUUUUCAUUAAAAGUUGUUUGUAUUGUGUUUUAAAGUGACUCCCCCCAAAGCUAAAUCUUUCAUAAAACAUGCUGCUGAUUUCAAUCAAAUGAUUUCAGAUCACAUAAAAAGCUGAAAUUCUCACUCUUUGUGUUUGAAUACAAUAACCUGUAACUCUCCAUGUGUAGUUCUGAACGUGUAUUCAAAUCACAGAAAAACAAAUACACUCUUUCUUCGGUUUCACAAGAUUAUCCAAAAGCUGUAAAGGUUUAAACAUGUACAUGCUGAUUUAAGAGGAUUUUCAUAUGGAGUGUGAAGCACGUACUACAUGCCUAAUGUUAUGUAACACUACUCAUGUUUUUUCUUUCUUCAUUUUUAAAACAAUUAAAAGAAUAUCUGAAUAAAUGUUGUACUGAAUUUAUUCUCUAGUGUCAUUUUAAAAAAUAAAACACAAUGUUUUUCUACACACACUCACAGAAGGACUUAUUUAACCUCAUUUAAUUUUCACUAAAGCACAAAGCUGCUUAAAUCUUUGUAAUGACUCUGUGUUGUUUUUAGAUUGAAAAUACACUGGGCAAAUGACUGUAUUAAUGUUCGAAAAACAGCCAAACAAGAGUUCAAAUUAAACAAAUAAUUCCACUGUCCGGUAAUUUUACCUCAUUUCCCAUGAGUAAGAGCCUUGUCGGGCAUUACAGCUAAUUAGUAGGAAGUUUGGGAAAAAGAAGGCGGUGCACCAGAAGGUUUAUUUAGCAGAUUAUUCUUAAAAGUAAUUCAUAUGUAUGUGGCUCGCUUGAUGACACAAGACUUGUUUAUCUAUAUUAAAUCCAUGAUGUUUAUUAAUGGGUUUACAACUACUUGAAGAGAUUUUGAGAGAUAUAUAAGUCUGAGCAGCUAUGGGAGGUAUUGUAGAAGAUCGAGAGACGGCAGGUGCCCCAGAUGGCGGAUGGGGCUGGGUUGUUCUUUUAGGAGGUUUUGUCAUCACUGGCUUCUCAUAUGCCUUCCCAAAAGCUAUAAGUGUUUAUUUCAAAGAACUGAUGCAUGACUUUGGCUGUGGAUAUAAAGACACAGCCUGGAUUUCAUCAAUAAUAUUGGCUAUGCUCUACGGUUCAGGUCCCAUUUCCAGCAUCAUGGUCAAUAAAUUUGGAUGCCGUCCAGUCAUGUUGGUUGGAGGAUUAUUGGCCUCACUUGGGAUGAUAAGUGCAUCUUUUGCUACCAGCAUUAUCCAUCUUUACAUCACUGCGGGUGUCAUCACAGGUCUUGGACUGGCAUUGAACUUCCAACCAUCACUGAUUAUGCUGGGGGCUUAUUUUGACAAGCGCAGACCACUUGCCAAUGGACUGGCGGCAGCUGGAAGCCCCGUAUUUCUGUCAGCCCUGUCUCCGCUAGGACAAUUACUGCUCGAUCAGUAUGGAUGGAGAGGAGGCUUUCUCAUUACCGGUGGUCUUCUGCUCAACUGCUGCACAUGUGGUGCUGUUAUGAGACCCCUGAAACUUAAAGAAAGGAAAGCCUGUAAUCAAGAGCUGAAGGAAAUGCUGCCUCCUGAGGCUGGACAGGAGAAUAUAGUUUGUGAAAACAAUAACGAUAAACAGCCCAGUAAAAAGAAGCUUCUGGACUUCAGCGUACUUCGUGACAAAGGGCUUAUUAUCUAUAUUAUUGCAAAAUUUAUAGUUGUUCUUGGUUUAUUUGUUCCGACUAUUCUCUUAGUCAACUAUGCUAAGGACCAAGGAGUGCCUGAUAAGGAGGCUGCCUUUUUGUUGUCUAUUAUUGGAUUUAUUGACAUCUUUGCUCGUCCUACUUGUGGCGUUGUGGCUGGUUUAAAAUGGGUGCGACCCAAGAUGUCAUAUUUCUUCAGCCUGGCCUUGCUCUUCAAUGGCCUGACAGAUGUGUGUUCAGCUACGAGCACAGACUACAAGGGGCUGAUUAUCUUUUGUGUGUUUUUCGGCCUGUCUUAUGGCAUGGUGGGAGCUCUACAAUUUGAAGUGCUAAUGGGUAUUGUGGGAACAAGCAAGUUUUCUAGUGCACUAGGCCUAGUGCUCCUCUUUGAGGCAGUGGCUGUGCUGAUUGGACCUCCCUCUGCUGGCUAUUUGGUGGAUAAAUACAAGAACUAUGAACUGAUUUUUUACAUGGCUGGCGGAGAGCUGAUCACUGCUGGAAUAUUUCUGGCCCUUGCUUCAUUCUGCUGUAUUAGCCAAAAGAAACGCAAAGACUCGCCACAAACACAGCAGACAGAUGUGGAAGUCAAUCCUGAAAGAUAAACAGUAGAGAGAUGUUUUUGUUUUUGCAGUGGGACAUUUUGUUUAGCUAUUUAUGUUAUUGUAAUGAUUGUCUUGUUACAUGAGCGUAUUUAGAUUUUCUAAUUCCUGCAUAUUAAUUUGUAUUAUUUCACAAAUCAGUGAGAACAUAUUUGAUUAUGGUUCAACGAAUAAAAUGUCUAAGGUAAUAAAAUGAAAAGCAAGAGUG